AUGAGUGAAUACAGUUUAGGCGUCCGCGUGUGGAUCGCAGACAAAGCAGAGGGAUGGAUUGGUGCUGAAGUCACUGCCCGCACUGAGGACGCGCUUACCUUUGUGGAUGAAAGGGGCAACGAAAUCACAAAGAAAACGUCAGACAAGGACCUUCCUUUGUUACGAAACCCCGUUUUACUUGAAGGUACAGACGAUCUUGUCAAUUUGUCAUAUCUGAAUGAGCCAGCUGUCCUCUAUUCUAUUAAGCGUCGCUACGCUCAACACUCCAUUUAUACCUACUCUGGAAUCGUCCUUAUAGCCGUGAAUCCUUUCGCAAAGUUAUCCGUUUAUGGCCCUGCUAUUAUGCAGGCUUACUCUACGCGCAGGCGCGGUGAGCUGGAACCUCAUAUUUACGCUAUAGCCCAAGAUGCUCAUGCAUCCAUGACAAGAGACAAUAAAAAUCAAACUAUGGUUGUCUCUGGUGAAUCUGGCGCUGGUAAAACCGUAUCCGCUAGGCAUAUAAUGCAAUACCUCGCCUUCUUAGGCCAAGACGGUCCAGGCGGUGCUUCAAGUGGCACUGAUGCUAGUAUUCUCGCUACCAAUCCUGUCAUGGAAGCUUUCGGUAACGCCAAAACCAUCCGUAAUAACAACUCAAGUAGAUUCGGUAGAUACCUCAAAAUCCUUUUCGAUAAUCAAUGUAACAUUAUCGGAGCUCAAACUAGCAUAUACCUUCUCGAGAGGUCUCGAUUAAUAUUUCAGCCUGAAGGUGAAAGAAAUUAUCACAUCUUCCAUCAGCUCUGCGCAGGUGUGCCACCUAAAGAGAGAGCUGAGCUACGUUUGGGUGCAAGCAGUGAUUUCCAUUACCUUAAUCAAGGCGGUUCUGCUUUAAUCCCAGGCGUGGAUGACGCCGCUGAAUUUGAAAUAACACAAAAAGCCCUGUCUACUCUUGGUAUUGGCGUUGAGAAGCAGUGGAAUAUCUUCAAACUUCUCGCUGCUCUCCUUCACCUCGGCAACGUCAAGAUUGGCCAGACAAGAACAGAUGCAACUCUUAGCGAAGAAGAUGAAGCAUUCCAAAUCGCAACUGAAUUCUUGGGUAUUAGUCUUUCUGACUUUAAGAAGUGGACUGUUAAAAAACAGAUUAUUACACGUGGAGAGUCUAUUGUUAGUUCACUCAAUGCCGCUCAAGCGAGCGUUGUCAGAGAUUCUGUUGCUAAAUAUAUCUACGCCUGUCUCUUUGAUUGGCUGGUUGCUGUCCUCAAUGAAGCUUUGUACAAGAAAGAAGACUCUUCUAGGUUUAACAGCUUCAUCGGUGUCUUGGAUAUUUAUGGUUUCGAGCAUUUCAAGCGCAACUCUUUCGAACAGUUUUGCAUCAAUUAUGCUAAUGAGAAGUUGCAACAAGAGUUCAACGCGCAUGUCUUCAAACUUGAGCAAGAUGAGUAUAUCAAGGAGGAGAUACAUUGGGAAUUCAUAUCAUUUUCUGAUAAUAGACCAACCAUCGACAUGAUUGAAGGAAAACUUGGGAUUCUUUCACUCUUAGAUGAGGAGUCUAGGAUGCCAUCUGGAACCGAUCAAAACUUCCUCGAGAAACUCCACACACAACUCACCAAACCAGAAUACAAAGACAUUUACAAGAAGCCAAGAUUUGGUAAUACUGCAUUCACUGUUGCGCACUAUGCCCACGAUGUUGCCUACGAAGCUGAAGGUUUCCUUGAGAAAAACCGGGACACUGUACCAGACGAGCACCUUCAACUUCUUGGUAGUUCAUCAAAUGAGUUCCUUCGCGAGGUCAUCGAGAUUGCUGUUGCAUCAAACGCAGCGGCUACUCCACCUACAUCUACCGCGGCUAACAACGUAGCAGUUGGCCGCCGACAAAACCUCAAGAAGCCAACACUUGGAUCUAUCUUCAAGAGCUCUUUGAUCUCGCUGAUGGAAACUAUCAACGACACCAAUGCACAUUACAUCCGCUGUAUAAAGCCAAACGAGCACAAAAAAGCCUGGGAUAUAGAUUCACAGCAAGUCUUGUCUCAACUUCGUGCGUGUGGUGUUCUCGAGACAAUCAAGAUAUCGAGUGCAGGUUAUCCGACAAGAUGGUCGUAUGCAGAGUUUACUGAUCGUUACUACCCACUUGUUAGCUCAGAUCACUGGAUGGGUGAUAUGAAAGGUCUAUGCCUUCAAAUUCUGCAAGAUAACAUUAAGGAUGAAGACAAAUACCAAAUUGGUCUUUCUAAGAUAUUCUUCAGAGCUGGAAUGUUGGCCUAUCUGGAGAAGUUACGUGCUGAUCGUCUCAAUGCUCUUGUCACUCUGAUACAGAAGAAUAUCCUGAGAUUUUUACAUGUCAAAUAUUACAAAAAGAUUCGUAACGCCACGCUUACUAUCCAAACCUGGUGGAGAAGAGCUCUGGCUAUUAGAUACGUCGAGAAGCUUCGUCGUGAUACCAUCAUCUUUAGAUUACAAAGCGCUGGUCGUAGGAAGUUGGCUGUGGGCAAGUUCCAAGCAGCUCGCAAGAUAGUUAUUCUUAGUCAAGCUCACAUUCGUGGUAUGCAAGCAAGAGUUGGAUUUGUAGACUUCAAGUACAGAUCAUCUGCACUCACAUUGCAGCGCGUUGCACGUGGAGUUAUCGUACGUCGUGAACAUGAUAAGUCGCUUCGGGGUAUAAUUCACUUGCAAGCUUGCUACAGACGUAUACUUGCUCGUAAAGAGUUCAAGCAGCUCAAGAGCGAAGCACGCUCUGUUGCACACAUCCAAGAAGUCUCCUACAAACUUGAAAACAAGGUCGUCGAACUCACUCAAAAUCUUCAAAAGACUCGUGAGGAGAAAAAGGAUCUCACACGCCGUUGCAAUCAACUUGAGAAGCAACUUGGAAAUAUGCAAAAUCGUCACGAGGACAGCGAUCAGCGUUUGAAGGAGAUGAUGAAUGAGUUGGCUAAGCCUACUGUGGGAUUAUCUGACUUCAAUGAACUUGAAUUAUUUAAGCGUGAUCUUCAAACUCAAGUUUCGACACUCAAAAUCGAUGUCCAGGAACGUGAUAAACAAAUUAGACAACAUAAGGACGAGUUGACCCAUCAAGCACAAGAGAUCGACAGUAAGAGUGCACAAGCAGCAGAAUCUGCUGCUCGUGCAGCUGACGAAACAAUCGUAAAUCAACUUAAGACUGAGAUUGUUAGUCUUAAGGACCAGCUUCAUCGUGCAAACACUCUUAAUGCACUAGAGCAUGGAAGUGCGAAAUCGAAACAGAUCACCGCACCAACGUUCUCAAUGCAUCUCGGCAAAUCUAAUGAGAACGUUGCUGCACUUGUGAAUGGUGCCAACAGUCCUACAGUCGAGGGUAAUCCUUCUGAUGCACUCGAAGCUCUUGGUUUACCUCCAAACAAACGUCGUCAACGUAGACACUCAGCUAAUGGCGCUUUCUUGGAGCAGAACGGAGAAGGACGGGAUUCAUCAGAUGAAGCACUUUCUGCUGGUAAACGCAAUGAGGCCACCCCACGUGCUGUGUCGGUUGCAUACCCGUCAGCUGAGACUGCUAACAAGCUGAAGGGUUUGAACGGACGUGCAUAUUUCCCAGAAGUGCUUGACGAUCCAUCUGAAGAGAUGAUCAAGUUGUUGGAGGAUGAGCAGAGUAUUGAUGAAGACAUAUUGGUCACAAUGAUUCAUGAACUCAAAGUACCCCUCCCAAGCUUGCAGAACCCACCUUCUGCCAAGGAAGUACUUUUCCCAGCCCACAUAAUGUCACUUGUCACCAACGAAAUGUGGAAGUACUGUCUUAUCAUGGAGAGCGAGAGACUAUUGGCAAACGUUAUGCAAACAAUCCAGCAGCAUGUCAUGAGCUUCCAAGGGGAGGAUGCGAUCGUACCAGGAUUAUUCUGGUUGUCUAACGUACACGAGGUAUGGUCAUUCGUGUGCGUGACUGAGGAUGAUAUGCUCCAGGGCAUUGUUCCAGGUGGCGAUGACCCAGACCGUCCGCUUGACUGGCCAGCUUAUGAGCAACUCAUCACUGUCGUCAAGCACGAUCUCGAGAGUUUGGAGUACAACAUUUACUUUGCAUUUAUGGAAGAAACCAAGAAAAAGUUGCGCAAGAUGAUUGUACCUGCGCUCAUUGAAUCACAAUCACUACCAGGCUUUAUCACCUCCGACACUGGUGGUAGACUGUUCAACAGACUGCUGCAAGGCAACUCACACCCAGCCUUCAGCAUGGAUGACAUACUAAACUUGCUCAACAAGGUAUGGAAGUGUCUUAAAUCAUACCGCCUUGACGAGCCGGUCGUCCUGCAAGUAAUGACUGAAUUAUUACGACUUAUUGGAAACGUUGGCUUUAAUGACCUGUUGAUGAGACGCAAUUUCAAUUCAUGGAAGCGUGCAAUGCAAAUUCAAUACAACUUGACGAGGCUGGAGGAAUGGUGCAAGAGUCACGAUCUUCCAGAAGGCUGCUUGCACCUGGAGUACAUGAUGCAAGCCACCAAGCUUCUUCAACUGAAGAAAGCAACUACCCAAGACAUGGAGAUCAUUUUCGACGUCUGUUGGAUUCUGUCACCAUCUCAGCUCCACAAGCUUAUCACUGGCUACAUGAUCGCUGAUUACGAAAGCCCACUGUCGCCGCACGUCCUGCAGACCGUCAGCGCUAGACUGUCCAGUGACAGAAAUGAUCAUCUUUUACUUGCAGAAGAGGAAGGUUCGAACUUUGAGCUACCGCAGCCACGUCAAGUCAUAGGAUUAGAUCUUUACAUUCCUGGAACGGUGAGCGUUCCUCACCUGCGCCGUAUCGCCGGCUUGGCUGCUUAG